AGAAUUUCCAUAUUUAGUAUUGUAAAAAAAACUGCGUUUAAAUAUAUAGAUUUCCCAUGGAGAUAUAAGGGUGAUACGGGACUUAUAGGACAUCUGUAUGACUGUAUAUGUAUAUUUUAAUCAAUUAAUUACUAAGGAAACCGGGUGCCAAUGUAAUUAUUGUCCUAAAACAUAUUAACAUAUUUUAAUAUAUAAUUCUGUCAUGUAGAAUUAAUAGUUUUUUUUUUUAGUGAUGUAAAAUAUUUUGUAUUUCAAUAUAGUUUAUACAAUUUUACCUAUAACAAUUAAAAUAUUUUUAAUUUUAUUAAAUACAUUUUAAGUUGAAAUCUUAAUUUGAGAAUCUGAAAUUUAUUAGAUGAAGCAACUUGUUGGUGCUUGGUUGGGUUUUGGUGAUAAAUUAUUUAUAUUAAUAAAAUAAUACUCAUUGUUCGCGCUAAUCAAUGUGUUAUCGCGGGAUGGUGGUCUGAGCGAUGACAACAUCGUAAUUACCUUCCUUCCUCUCCAUCCACCACUCCAUUUAUGUAGUUGUGUAAUUAUUAUAAUAUUAUUGUUAUUUAUUCUCUUUGUAUUAUAUUAUUUUCUGGUGAAAGAUUAUUGGUCGGUCUUUGGUCACAUAUGUUUUAUUAUCUUUUGUUUUAUAUCAUUAUUAUUAUUAUUAUUAUUGUUAUUAUUUUGCGGUCAACGCCCUUUAUUAUUAUUAUUUUUUCUCUCUGUCGUAAUUACUUUUGUCUGUGUCGUACGAAAUUUUUUCGGUUCGCCCGCUACUGUAGCGAUUGGCGUCUUUUUUCUGUUUUUUUGGAAUAUUUUUUAUUAAGUCGCAUUGAGCGCAAUAUUAUCAAAACGUGUUAUAUUAUUAUACUUGUAUUUUUAUUGUUAUUCGUUGCCAGUGCGGCUCGAAUUUAUUAUACUCUUUUUUGCCAAUCAGGCGUCCAAACAUUGGUGCGUUAUUAUUUUAUUCACCACCCGACUUGUCGCCACGCCGACUCUCACUGAAGAUAUAUAAUCAGAAAACAUGAAUUUACAACAUGGUAUAUUGAUUUAAGAUCCCAGUACUAGUACAGACCAAAAUGAUCCAAAUGAAAAUAAAUCAAAAACUCCAAAAUCUAAAGGUAUGCAUUUACCCAUAUCAAGAGUACGUACCAUCAUGAAGAGUACACCAGAUAUAGAAAAUAUAGGAUUACCGGCAUUGCACGUUGUCACUAAAGCAACUGAGUUAUUUAUACAAAAACUGGUACAAGAUGCUCUUAAAGGACAAAGACACUUAAAAUAUAAUGAUCUUGCCAAAGCUGUGGAAGAAAAUGAAAAUAUGGAUUUCCUUAGAGAGGUUUUACCAAAAAAAAUUACCAUGGCUGAAUACUAUAAAUUGGUUGGCAAGGAAUCCUCAGAAGUUGGCGAGGACAAUGAUAACGGUUCUCAAACAGCACAUUCUUCAACAUCUUCAAUGUUAUCAGACAAUUGAUAUAUAUUUUAUUCAGUUGUAUAAUUUAUACAGUUAACUAACAGUAUACAUUGUUUUAUUUUUUUUUUUUUUAAUUUUUCCAUUUAUA